AUGUUCCACACACUCCCCAAUCUCCGAGAACUUUACAUUGCUGCCAAUCAAAUCUCUGGCCCAAUCCCACCUUCCAUCACCAAUGCAUCUACAUUCUUUUUAGCACUUGAGGCCAGUCGAAACAGUCUCACGGGACAAAUUCCAAGCAUGGGGAAAGUAUCAGGAAAAAUUCCUGCAACAAUAGGAAAUUUAAUUGGCUUAACCCUCUUAACGAUGGAAAAAAACGGCAUUGGUGGAAAUAUCCCAACAACUUUUGGGAAGUUUCAAAAGAUGCAAAAGUUAAAUUUGGGUGCGAACAAGCUGUCAGGAGAGACUAGUGCCUACAUAGGCAACCUUACUCAAUUGUAUCAUUUGGAAUUAGAAGAAAAUUUGUUAGACGGGAAUAUUCCUCCAAGCAUAGGAAACUGCCAGAACUUACAGUACUUAGACAUGUCACAUAACAAACUGACAGGAACCAUACCCUUGGACCUUUUCAAGCUUUCCUCUCUAACAAAAUUGUUGAAUUUGUCACUGAACUCAUUGAGUGGUAGCAUACCCGAAGAAGUAGGCCACCUAAGAAAUCUUGGUUGGCUAGAUAUGUCUGAGAAUCACUUGUCUGGUGGAAUUCCUCAAACUAUCGGAGAUUGCAUAGUGUUGGAAAACCUCUAUUUGCAAGGGAAUUCAUUACGAGGAAGCAUACCAUCCUCUUUGGCAAAACUCAAAGGGCUUCAACGAUUAGACCUGUCACGAAAUCGCCUGUCUGGUUCAAUUCCUAAUGUUCUACCAGACAUUUCUUUCUUAAAAUAUUUCAAUGUUUCUUUUAACACUUUAGAGGGUGAAGUACCAAUCAAAGGUGUCUUUGGAAAAGCAAGUGAGAUACUGGUUAUGGGAAACAAUAAACUUUGUGGGGGAAUUUCAGAACUGCAUCUACCAUCGUGCCCCGUCAAAGGUUAUAAACUUGCAAAGCACCACAAGAUCAGGUUGAUAGCAGGGAUCGUUAGUGCGAUUGCUUUUCUUCUCAUAUUGUCAAUUAUUCUAACUAUUUACUGGAGAAGGAAAAGGAGUAAGAAAGUACCUUCGGAUUCACCAACCAUUGAUCAGUUGGCCACAAUUUCAUAUCAAAGCCUACACAAUGGAACUGAUGGGUUCUUAGCCACAAACUUGAUAGGGUCUGGACAUUUUAGCUCUGUAUACAAAGGAACUCUUAAGGAGUUCGAAGACAAAGUUGUUGCCAUAAAGGUCCUAGAUCUUCAGAAAAAGGGAGCUCACAAGAGUUUCAUUUCCGAAUGCAACGCACUAAGAAACAUUAAACAUAGAAAUCUGAUUCAGAUUUUGACAUGUUGUUCCAGUAUAGAUUACAAAGGUCAAGAAUUCAAAGCUCUAAUUUUUGAGUACAUGACAAAUGGAAGCUUAGAGCAAUGGCUGCAUCCUCAGACACAAAGUGCAGAGCAUCCGAGAAAAUUGAGUCUUGAUCAAAGAUUAAACAUCAUGGUCGAUGUCGCCUCUGCAUUACAUUAUCUUCAUCAUGAAUGCCAGCAACCAAUAAUUCAUCGUGAUUUAAAGCCAAGUAAUGUCCUUCUGGACAAUGAGAUGGUUGCCCGUGUGAGUGAUUUUGGCAUAGCAAAACUUCUUUCAACCAUCAAUGGUACCACUUCUAAGCAAACAAGUACAGUUGGAAUAAAGGGGACUCUUGGCUAUGUUCCUCCAGAGUAUGGAGUGGGUCUUGAAGUAUCAACUUCCGGCGACAUGUACAGCUUUGGGAUUCUUAUGUUGGAAAUGCUUACAGGAAGAAGUCCCACAGAUGAAAUGUUUGAAGAUGGUCAAAAUCUUCGUAACUUCAUUAUAACUUCAUUUCCUGAUAAUCUUCUGCAGAUUUUGGAUCCACGACUUAUUCCAACAUAUGAAGCACCACCGUUGAAAGGAAACAAUUGGAAUCUUGAUCCAAAUGUUGAGAUGUGCUUACUUUCCCUUUUUAGAAUUGGACUUUCUUGUUCUUCGGAAUCACCAAAAGAUAGAUUGGAUAUUGCUGAUGUCACUCGGGAGCUUAACAGAAUCAGUGAGACCUUUCUCAUUGGUAUGAAUACUUCGGAAGAGUUAAAUCUGAAAUCAAAUGCUGUAGUCAUUUAG